CUUUCCUUUUUCGUUUCUAGGGUUCUCUCUCCUCUCUCUCAAUAUAUAAUCUCCCUCUCUCUCCGAAUCCAAAAUACAGAGUUCCGCUGAAAGAGAGGGAAAAUAAAAUAAAAAACCGAUCUUUGGCUGUUGGGUUUCUUUCUCUUCCACCUCCCAUACAUUCUCACCGGAAUCACCGCCGGUGUUUGCGAGCGAGCAUAUGGAGGGACGCGCUGCUGAAGAUGUGUUUAAGGACUUUAGGGGACGAAGAGCUGGUCUCAUCAAAGCUCUCACUACUGAUGUACGCAAGUUUUACGAUAAGUGUGACCCUGCCAAUGAAAACUUGUGUCUCUACGGGCUUCCAAAUGGGUCGUGGGAGCUUAAUCUUCCCGUCGACGAGGUCCCUCCUGAGCUUCCUGAACCAGCUCUUGGCAUCAACUUCUCAAGGGACGGUAUGCCAGAGGAAAACUGGGUCUCUUUGAUUGCUGUUCACUCUGACUCUUGGCUCAUCGCUGUUGCCUUCUACUUUGGUGCACGUUUCUCUUUUGAUAAAAACGAGAGGAUGAGGCUGUUCCGGAUGAUAAAUGAUCUCCCAACCAUUUUCGAGGUUGUAACUGGCAACGCAAAGCAAUCCAAGGAUCAAUCUGGUAACCACAACAGUAGCAGAAGCAAGUCUGGUGGUGUCAAGACUAAGGCUUCAAAGAGAUCCCCACCACCACCACCACCACCACCAAGAGAAGAAAGUGAGAGCGGAGAUGAUGAUGGGGAGGAAGACGAGGGGCAAGGUGAGUUUUGUGGCGUGUGUGGAGAGAGCGAUGAUGGAGAAGAGGAGUUCUGGAUAUGGUGUGAUACUUGUGAGAGAUGGUUCCAUGGAAAAUGCGUCAAGAUCACACCUGCAAGGGCUGAGCACAUCAAACAUUACAAAUGCCCAAGUUGCUGCGGUGCCAACAAGAAACACAGAGCUUGAAAAAGACGAUCAUAAAGUUGCAUUUGAUUGUCUAGUCUUUAAUGUGAUUGAAAAACAGCUUUACAGUUAGUAAUGUCUCUUUUCUUCUUGUUGAUCUUUACUGUUAUUAUCAAAAUACUGUGACUAAUUUUGUCUUGUGAUUCUUAUAAAAAUUCCGUCUUUAAAGGAGUCUA